UUUCUUUACAUUCAAGAUUUGUUUGGAAUCACCAGAUGGCACCACUACGGAAAGACCUUCUUCCCAUGAAUCAAGGGAAGAGUCAUGAUCAUUAGCGGUUCGUUGGAACAUAGAACUUCAAAGAAUUAGAAAUUUCGAUCAUGACCGCACGUCGUAGGUAUGUACCUCCUCCCGAUUCCGAAAAUGAAGAUCUGCCAUUCGGCGGGAAAGUUGUUUUAGCUAAAAGAAAGAAACCGCAGAGUUGGAUCUAUACCAUUCUUGAAUUUUCUGCCUUUUCAUUUGUCGUUGCAUUACUUUACUACUCCUACUUUCACUUCGACCAUCUGCAUUUCCACGUCACCCAUAUGUACGCUCAUCUUGGUCAUGCCCAUGCUCAACACGCUAUGGGACACAAAUAUUUGAACGGUGCUGGAGUAAAAAGAAACCACACUGCAGCAUUUAUGUGGUUUAGGAAAGCAGCAGACCAAGGGCAUGCUCAUUCAGCUUACAACCUUGCUGUAGGACAUAUGCAAGGCUAUGACACCGACAUUAAAAAAGGGGAAGCGCAUGACCUGAUCAAAUAUGCAUUGGAUAAUGGGGUCGAAGAAGCACAUGAUGUAUUUCACAGAGUCUGCUCAAAAGGGCACUGCAAGCACUAAGAUCACUG